CCCAUAGACCGAACCCAAUUGGGAUUUGGGGUAAUUAUAUCAGUUUCUUCUCCGAUCCGCAAUUUGUAAAAAUUUCAAUGGCGGCGGGCAGCACUGAUGUGGAGGCGGGGUUCGCGAAGCUUCAAGGCGAAGACUUCGAGUACUACAUGCAGACCUACUCCAUAAUCCUGGGCCGGAACUCCAAGAAAUCGACGGUGGACGUCGACCUCUCCAGCCUCGGCGGCGGCAUGAACAUUUCGCGCCACCAUGCCCGAAUUUUCUACGACUUCACGCGGCGUCGAUUCGCGCUCGAGGUCCUCGGCAAGAACGGCUGCCUCGUGGAGGGUGUGCUCCACCUACCCGGGAACCCGCCGGUCAAGCUGGACUCGCAGGAUCUUCUUCAGAUCGGAGAUAAGGAGUUUUACUUUCUGUUGCCGGUGAGGAGCAUUCUCGGUGGUCCUGUGGGUCCCAGGCAUUACCCCGCCUCGGUGCCAGUGGUGCCGAGCUCCGUGGGCCCGGCUCAUUACGGGUACCAUUCGGGUUCGGGUGCUGGGCCGAUUGGGAAGAAGGGGAGGGGGAGGGAGUUGUAUGAGGAGGAGUAUGAUGACGAGGAGGAUGUUGGUGGGGGCAGUGGGAGUGGGAAGAAGAUGAGGAGAGAAGGGUAUGAGGGUUUUGGGUAUGGUGGCGGGUCGGGUUCUGGUUCAGGCAAGGCUGGAGCUUUGGAGAAGAAAGGAGAUGGAAGGUCCAGGGUUGAUCGAGACACUGACAAUCAGCAACUUCUGCAUUUGGAGGAAAAGGAUGUUGUGUCAUCUGUUGCUACUGUGCUCUCCGAUCUUUGCGGUCCAGGAGAAUGGAUGCCUAUGGAGAAACUUCAUAAUGAGUUGGUGGAGCAGUAUAGCAGCAUCUGGCAUCACACUCGAGUGAGGAGGUAUCUCACUUCUGAGGAAUGGCCUGGUCCAGAGUCAAAAGGGAAACCAUGGUACGGCUUGCUUAUGCUGCUAAGAAAAUACCCCGAACACUUUGUCAUCAACACAAGGUCCAAGGGCCGGGUAACACUGGAGUUUGUUUCUCUCGUCUCUCUGCUUUCAUAAAAUUAUAAGACAUGAGAUGGACCUUCCUUGAUGCUGAUUGUUUACAAUGUAGUUUAUCAGGCAAGUGAGUUUCCGGUUGCCAAAAUUUGUACAAUUGUUGUGAGUUUCGAGCAGCAAUAUGAGCUUUUAGACCCCUGCUAGGUAAGAGAUGUAAAACGAUUAGCAAUGAUAUGGGCUGUUUUGCAAUGACAUUUUCUGUACAUGAUUGGUAGCAACAAUACUAUUUAUCCCUAGAUAA